AUUAAUUCGUGUUGUGUGUGUGCUACGGCUGCUAGUCACUCAUUCUGCGAGCUGCUCUCGUGCGUAUUCGGGUAGCUUCAAGGACCAAUUCGAAUAUUGCUAUCAGAAUACAGUAGUUGGAAAACAUACAUUUCUUCAGAACACUGAAAUCGUUUAGUCAAGUCUGUCCAUCAAUUCUUCAAGGACAAUAUCUUUGUGAGAUAUUGCAAUGCUUCAAACAAGGUAUCUCAUCUGGGCAUUGCUCUUUGGCUAUGCAGCCUCCCUGCAGGUGGAGAUCACCCCGAUGCAAGGAGAGAUCAGUAUGGGGGAGUCAAAAUUCUUCCUCUGCGAAGUUGUCGGAGAUGUAAAGGACAUUGAUUGGUAUGCCCCGAACGGCGAGAAGCUCCUACCAAACAGACAGGACAUCCUCGUGAACCGCAACGACGAGUCCUCGUCCACUCUCACGAUCUAUAACGCCAACGUGGACAAUGCCGGCAUCUACAAGUGUGUUGCCAAAAAUGGAGACAAGGAGUCUCAGGGCACCGUCAACGUUAAAAUCUUCCAAAAGAUAACCUUCAAGAACGCCCCUUCCCCACAGGAGUUCAAUGAAGGGGAUGACGCUGACAUCAUCUGUGACGUCGUCAGCUCGCCUCCCGCUGACAUCAUCUGGAAGCACAAAGGCUCAAAGAUCCAGGUUGCAAAAGACGUUCGAUUUAAGAUCCUGACCAGCAACCACCUCCAGAUCCGAGGCAUCAAGAAAACAGAUGAAGGGGCGUACACCUGUGAGGCUCGUGUAAUGACCAGGGGAGAGAUUGACCUGAAGAUCAUCAAGGUCAUCGUCAACGUGCUCCCUAGCAUCCGCACCAGGCAGUCGGAGGUGAAUGCCACGGCGGACGUCAACCAGUCUGUGAUGCUGGCCUGUGACGCUGACGGCUUCCCUGAACCCACAGUCACCUGGGCCCGUAACAACAUUGUCCUUGAAUCGGACGAUAAGUACGGCCUGAACAACGACGGCUCGGAGCUGAUAAUAAAGGAUGUCAAGAAAGUGGAUGAAGGAGAUUACACAUGCAUCGCCCGGAACAAGGCCGGGGAGAAAGAGGAGGAAGUCAGCUUGAAUGUGUUCGUGCAACCUAAGAUCACCUACCUGGUCAACCAGACUGCAUCAGAGCUGGAGGAGCAAAUCACCCUGACCUGCGAGGCCUCAGGAGACCCCACCCCCACCAUCACCUGGAGCUUUGGCCGCAGGAUCUUCACAGAGGGAGAGCAGGCUUCUUGGACUCGGCCUGAGACAUACGAGAGUCUUGAUGGGAAUGUUAUGGUGCGUAGUCACGCAAGGGUUUCCUCUCUCACCUUGAAGUAUGUCCAGUUCACCGAUGCCGGCCACUACCUCUGCACUGCCCGCAACUCCAUCGGUCAAGACCAGCAGACCAUGUACCUGGAAGUGCGCUAUGCUCCCAAGAUCCAGGGCUCGGUGACGGUCUACACCUGGGAAGGGAACGCAGCCAACAUCAGCUGUGAGGUGCUGGCUCAUCCGGGAGCCUCAGUGGUGUGGUUCAGAGAUGGCCAGCAGCUGUCUAGCACUAACACCACCAACGUCAAGAUCUACAACACACCAGCUGUCAGCUACCUCGAGGUCACCCCAGAUUCCCAGAAUGACUUUGGAAGCUACAACUGCACAGCUACCAACAUGAUCGGAGCAGAGUCCAAGGAGUUCCUCCUGAUCCAAGCAGAUGUGCCGUCGGCACCCGCCAUCGAGCGAGUGGAGCCCUUCUCCAGCACCGCCAUUGUGGAGUUUGAGGAGCCCGAUGCCAGCGGCGGCGUUGCCAUCCUCAAGUACCGGGCAGAGUGGCGCAUGCAGGGUGAAGACUGGACCGGCAGGGAGUACGACGCAGAGGAGGGCCUGAGCAUGAUCACCAUCGUUGGCCUGAAGCCCGAGACCUUCUAUGAGGUCAAGAUGUCCGCCAUCAACGGCAAGGGCGAGGGCGAGAGCAGCCCUCCCCAGAACUUCAAGACUGAGCCAGUCCGCUAUGCUUUCACAAGCGGCAUACCAUUUCAUUACUCUGAUGUGGACUCAGAAGGGGAGCCCAGUCCCCCUAAACUGGAAGGCAAGCUGCAGACCACGGGCAACGCCCUCAAGGUCAACUGGAUCAAGCAGGAUGAUGGAGGCUCGCCCAUCAAACACUACCUGAUAAGAUACAGGGCUAAGCACGUUCCGGACUGGAAGCCGGAGAUCCGCCUGCCCAACGGCAGUGAGUACGUGGUGCUGAACAGCCUAGAUUGGAACACGGAGUAUGAAGUCUACGUGGUGGCCGAGAACCAGCAGGGCAAGUCGCAGCCCGGCACCCUCUCCUUCACGACUGCAGCAGAGCCCACCGCCAUCCCAGACACUAUGGAUAGCGGCUCAGGCCUAGGCACGGGGGCCAUCGUGGGGAUCCUCAUUGUGGUCUUUGUGCUUCUGCUGGUGGGCGUCGACGUCACCUGCUACUUCCUCAACAAGUGCGGCCUCGUCAUGUGCAUUGCCGUCAACUUCUGCGGCAAGUCCGGACCCGGAGCCAAGAGCAAGGACCUCGAGGAGGGCAAGGCGGCGUUCACGAAGGAUGAGUCCAAGGGGCCCAUUGUGGAGGUGAGGACGGAGGAGGAGCGCACUCCUAACCAUGAAGGGGGGGGGCCCACAGAGCCUAACGAGACCACCCCUCUGACUGAGCCUGAGCCCGCUGCUGACACUACCGCCACGGUGGUGGACUUGCUCCCUUCUGUCGCCACUAACUCUGAACCUGUCACUGAGAGCUUUAGCACAACCCAGAACAGCCCAGCUAGCGAGAGCACCACUCUCACUUCCAGCGCAGCUGGCCCAACCCCUGUCCCGGCUGAGUCCAAAACUGCCCCCAAAACCUCCCCUAAAAGCACUCCUGCCCCCAUCCCCCAGUCCAGCACGCCCAAACCUAGCACCCCCGCCCCCCAGCGUGCCGCCCAAUCCGACGUGGCUCCCCUCGUUGACCUAAGCGAGGCUCCUAAAGCCACACCCUCGUCCGACCCCAAGCCCCCCACCCCCACAGCCCCAUCCUCGAAGCCAGUCAAGGUCCCCUCCAACCCCCCCUCUGCCACAGCCGAUGCCGCACCACAGAGCCAGCCCGAGUCUGUCCAAAGCCCCUCCGCCACCAGCAGUCAGAAUAAGGACUUACAGAUAGACGGCCUGGCCAAGGAUGUGUUUGAUGCCCCAAGCAAAGGCUCCAAGGCCCCAGCAGACUCCACUGCUGCACCCGCCCAGGACGACGGCAAAAUCGUGACAGACGAUAAAAGUAAAGCGCCGGAGAAGGCGAUAGAGGUGAAGAAAGCCCUGUCGGAGGUGAAGACAGUCCCCAACGAAGCUGCAAAGACAAAUGGCAACGAGAGCAAAGCAUGAUCCCGACAGCCAGAAGGGAGGGGGUCGGGUGCACCACAGUCACAGACCUCCAGAGGAAAACGUCACACACCACUCCGUCAAACAACAAAAAGCUCAAUAAAGGUUUUUUUUCUUCAGUGUCUUCUAUGAGUUCUCCGAGCAAAAGAUGAGUUUGUUAGACAUGUAGAGCGGGAAUAAGACCUAAUGCACCUGCCUUAGUGUUUCUUUAUCUGUUAUUCCUUUUGUCAUUUUCUCUGUGUUCACGUGAAGGAAAAUCCUUACCUCUAGUUCACUCUCCUUGACCUCCUUUUAUAUGUAACAUCAACGUUACCAGUCUUUUAAAUGGGACAGAAGCUAAGUAUCAUUGGCACAGAUAACCAUGGGAAUUGUAGCUUUACUUCAGAACAAUGCCUUUACGAUGUGCACACACCUUACCCACACACUAUUUCCAGCUAUGUUCUCUUUGUUAUGCAGUAAUGCCAUCAUUAUUUCCACUGCUAAUGGAUUUUGGGGUAAAAAAAAAAGUAUGUUUUGUUGUGUGUUUAAAUAAUGUGCAGAAGUAACUGCAUUUUAUUGUAUCUUUAUUUUUCAUGUAUAAUUUUUGAGAACUAGAGAGAGCAUAUUUUUUCAUAUGUGGUUGUCUUUUGUUUUUAUUUUUGUUCUUGAAUGUUUACAUUGUGUUAACUCUGUCCCAAGAUUGUGUAGACACAACAACAACAAAAGAAGACACAGCAGAAAGACAAUGUUUAUUCCACAGUUAUAGAGGUUGGAGUUGGUGGUUAACGUUACGCAAUUUAUCGUCUCUAAGAUUCAAUUUUUUGGUUAAUUUGUUUUGGCAAAUAUAAGAACACACUUUCUCUAACACACACACACACCUCUAUAUCUUCUUAAUUGAUUCUCCUAUUAGAUGAGCUUUGGACCUGUUCCACUCCAAGGGUUUCAGGGCUCAGCUUUAACCCCGGAAAUGUUGCAGGUCCCAAGGGGUCACAGGAAGAGACGGGCAUACAGAGUAGCAUGGCUUAUGGGAGAAUGAUGUAAUCAAAGGCCAGAUAUGAGUGGUAGCAGCUGAAUGUAUGAACAGAAGUCCUUAAAAUAGCCUAGAAACAGUCCUAUUUAUUCCCCCGUUUGAUGGCUUUGUCCCAUAACUUCAGAAUACUGUGCCUGUUGCCAACAGCACUUCCAAUUUAGUGAUUGAUUGGGCUUCAUCUCAAAAUGCAAGGGAAUAAAAAUGUAUGUUUUGUGUUUUUCAGCAUAUUUUAUGCAUAUAAACAAAUGUAAUGGCCGGAUUUAUACAUUUCUUAUUUAAGCCAUAGUACUCCGGUGUGGAUUUGGUAAAAAUCAAAAAAUAUUAAAUCUGACCUUUUUGUACAGCGUUUCUCAUACUUUAGACUGCAAGCUUGUGCACUGUGAAUGCGUGAAUAUCCUAGUGUGAAUACGUGUUCUUUGUCAUAGAAUUUUAAAAAAUAUGCAUAGUUUGGUUGUGAAAGGUAUAGCUAAUAGUACAGACAACAAAACAAUUCCAUGAAAAACCAUGAAAGCAAUGAGCAGACGAAAACAAGAAAACAAAAGAAGACGGUGCCUUCUGAAACGUCAAAAUGGCAGCAUGCGUUCCAUCCUGCUCAGUGUCUGCCUGUUCUAGGAGGUGACAGCAUAAGGUUUCGUGUCCUAGUUCUGUCCAUUGCCAUUCCUUUACUACACAGUCCAAGGAAAACACAGGAAUAGUACUGACAAUGUAACUGGUUUGUAAACUGUAAAAUGACUAAACCGCUGCGUCAUUGUGUUAGUGCAUAAACUCAGCUCUGGGGGUGAAAAUGGAGGUGGUCAGUUGUGUCCACAUCGUUUUCACAAGGCUCCUCAUUCACUGGUUCUCCAUGUGACUAAUGCAAAAUAAAAUGUUUUCCCCAAAUAAACAAGGAAAAACAACAUUCAUUCCAAUGAUUAACUCAUGAUCACUACACCAAAAGUAGUUUCACACAAACACAACUUUGGACAUGAUCAAAUAUUUCCAAUCCCAAUUGGCUCAAAUGACUUGCAGUGCUCACGGUUUGUCUUCAAAACCGAACAUCAUUAAUGAAGGAAAAAUAUUUUUUUUCUUGACCUGAAACAAGCAUGCAAUGUACUCUUAUCUUGGAUUUCAUUGGUGUGGCAGCACUGAAAAGUUCCUGAGAAAGGAAUUGACCAAGGCUUUAUCUGUUGUACAUUGAUCUUUUGAAGUGUUCUGUAAACUGUUGUCUGUUCCGAACUUUUUUGUUUUCUUCAAAAUAGUCAUCAAGUGCUUUUACUCCACAAGGCUCUGUAAUGUAAAGAGGUGUGUUGAAAUGACACAGUUUCUGAUUAAAUGUGUAUAAACCAUUCCUAACCAUGUAAUAAAAAAAAAAGAUGGGUUUCUCUUGACCCAAAAAAACCUGGACUGCUGUGGCUUUUGACCUGUAUGUUCAAAUGCUAUGAUAAUGUGGGACCAAUUCCUAUGUACGUUUACAUUGAAAUUUUCAUUAGUGUACUGUGCCAUGAAACUUAUUUCAGGAAAGAAGUCGAGGGGAACAAAAAAACGAUUUUCAAAAACUUUAGAAAUGCCAUGAGAAAGGGAAAAACGCUCUUUCUCUCUGACUUCCUCACUUCCUGAAAGUAACCACUUACCUGACACUGUUGGCUUGGUGAAAGUGAGGUGUCACCGUAUUGCUUCCACCUCACCAAUCAUGCCAGUUUAUUUCAAGGAAUACAGGAAGUACGGAAGCGUUUUUUUCAAGUAUUUGAAUGGAGUCUGGGGCCAUGUUCAGUAUGAAAACAUUGGAAUGUUGCAGAUAGAAUUGUCCUGACUAGAUAUUACGUGAUUGCUUAGUCUAUAUAAAGAUAGGUAUUUUUGUUCUACAUCAUGCAUUUCUAUCUGAACGUUGGCCAAUGUUGUGACCUGCUGAACGUUGCCCAGGCAAUCCAACGAGGUUUGGAGUCUCUUACUCCGAUAGCCAAACAAAAGUUGGUAAUGUGACAUUUUCAGUCAGAUAGGGGUGUUUUCCCCACCAAUAUGUUUCCCAGAGACCUCCAUUCUCAUUCUUACCCACCAUAACCUGCUUUUGGGGCCUUCUCUCUUGUAUACAGAUUUUUACUAAGUGAAACAUUGGUACCAUCUCUCUCCACUGUCACUGGUGUAAAUACUGAGUACUAACCGAAAAAAAAAACAGUUUGACUUUGCAUUCUGUCAGAAAUUGUGUUCAAUAAAGUUAAAGGAAAAAUA